GAUCUUUUUCUUCAUUCUGUGUGCGACCCCAAGGGCUUACUUACCAGGUGCUCCAAUGGCUUCAGGCCAACCUUCCCUCUCUCCCCACCUUUCUAUCACCCAAUCAAAACCUUCCUCUAACAAUAAACUGCCAGCGCCAUAAAGCCCACAGCUUCACUUACUUUAACCGUUGAAUGGAAUCAGUUGGAAUCAGCUUCUCUGCCAUACUGUCUUGGAUUCCUCUCAAACACUCCUCACCCAACACUCCAAAUUAGAACCCAACUUUCUCUACCAACAACAAACCUCAUUUGAAUUGAAUUGAAUCCAAUUGCAGCAAUGGAAGAAAGGAGCGUGUUGUUCGGUAAAUACGAGAUGGGAAGGCUGCUGGGCAAAGGCACCUUCGCCAAAGUGUACUACGGCAGACAAACAGAGUCCAACGAAAGCGUGGCGAUCAAAGUGAUCAGCAAAGACCAGGUUAAGAAGGAAGGCAUGAUGGAGCAGAUCAAGCGCGAAAUCGCAGUCACCCGAUUAGUUCGCCACCCAAACAUUGUGGAACUCAAAGAGGUGAUGGCCACCAAGACCAAAAUCUUCUUCGUCAUGGAGUACGUCAAGGGCGGCGAGCUCUUCGCUAAAGUCGCCAAGGGAAAGCUCAAGGAAGAUCAAGCCCGCAAAUACUUCCAGCAGUUGAUCAGCGCCGUCGAUUUCUGCCACAGCAGGGGAGUCUCCCACCGCGAUUUGAAGCCCGAGAAUCUCCUCCUCGACGAAAACGAGGACCUCAAGAUCUCUGACUUCGGCCUCUCCUCUCUGCCGGAGCAGCUCCGAAACGACGGCCUUUUACACACCCAGUGUGGCACCCCUGCUUACGUGGCACCCGAGGUCCUCCGGAAGAAGGGUUACGAUGGUUCUAAAGCUGAUAUAUGGUCCUGCGGAGUCAUACUCUUCGUUCUGCUGGCGGGGUUCCUUCCGUUUCAGGACGAGAACCUGAUGAAGAUGUACAGGAAGGUUUUCAAAGCCGAAUUCGAAUGCCCGCCGUGGUUUUCAACCGAAGCCAAACGACUCGUCUCCAAGUUGUUGGUUUCCGAUCCUGAGCGCCGAAUCACCAUCCCUGGAAUCAUGCGCGUGCCUUGGUUCAGAAAAGGGUACACGCGCCCCCUGGCGUUUACGGCAACCCCUGAACCUGGUUCUGAAAAAUCCGAAGACGAUUUUGGUUCUAUUGCCCCUGCUGCUGCCAACAAAGCGUCGUCGCCCAAGUUCUUAAACGCCUUCCAGUUUAUCUCAUCCAUGUCUUCCGGAUUCGAUUUGUCGAAUUUGUUUGAGAGCAAGAGAAAGGCAGCGACCAUGUUCACCUCCAAGUGCUCGGCAACUGCUAUUAUGGCCAAGAUUGAGCAUGCGGCCAAGGGCUUGAGCUUCAUGGUGGGGAACGUCAAGGAUUUUAAAUUAAGGCUACAAGGCCCAAAUGAAGGGAGGAAAGGGAGGCUUUCGGUGACCGCGGAGGUCUUCGAGGUGGCUCCAGAGGUUGCGGUGGUCGAGUUUUCCAAGUCCGCUGGGGAUACUUUGGAGUAUGUCAAGUUUUGUGAAGAAGAUGUUAGGCCUGCGUUGAAAGACAUUGUUUGGACAUGGCAAGGUGACGGUAACAAAGUCAAUGGUGAAGACUGAAGAUUAAUAACAGUAAGAAAAACAAUCUGGGAAACACACACUAACCCGGAUUUUAGGGGUUCAGAUGAGUUUUCAUUAUAGUUGAUUCUGUUUUUACAUUUUGUUUUGGUUUGAUGGAGUAGGACCUGUACAUAGUUUGUGCUUGAUUAGCAUUUCAAGUAGUAUAUGAUGGGGUUUGAAUACAAAAAGAAAGGAAAGGAUGGGAACAGAGGAUGUUUUACAUAAUUGAGCAUGACUAGCUCUUUCGGCAUCCGUGAAAGCAAGAGCUGCAUUAACCAUUCCAACUUUGACUAAAGCAGACCUUAGAGGGACAAACUAACAACAUUAUUUGUAAAGCAGAGGAGAAUGGUGGAAUUAGUACACUGUUUCUAAUUUUAUUUUUUGGAGAAUUAGAGUUCCAUAUUAAUUUCCUUGUUCAAUUGAUAUGAUUAAAGUUGUACAGUUAACACUCCUCA